AUGCAACGCUUGGACUUUCUCCUCGUGUCGGUAUUGUUACUUAAAAGUUUAAAUGCGCAGGAGGAAAUUAUUACAGUGGAAGCUGUGAUGGGUCACAGCGCCGAACUGCCCUGCAACGUGACGGCUGAGAACGACGGCGAUCUUCUCAAGAUACUCGCGUGGUAUAGGGACGGAUCGGCCACAGCAUUUUAUAGCAGUCGCGACUUGCGUGGUGACGGUAAUAAUGUGCCAUCACCUAACGGCCGUUACAAACUCAUCACCUCGUCUGAAGAAGGUGUGGACAAGCUGCAGAUUCUCGCUGUAAGGCCUUCGGACGCCGGCCAGUAUUACUGCUUCGCAGACUUCGAAUCAAGCCCCACUCAGAAAACGUAUUUGAGGCUUGAAGUUAUUGAGCCACCGCAGCGUUUAUGGGUAAUACAUGAGAACGGAACCCGGGUCACAACGGCUAGCGCGGGGUCCAACAACAGCCGAAAUGUCGGCCCCUACUAUGUCGGCGACACAGUUCACUUAUUUUGCGUCGUUUUCGGAGGCAAGCCGCUGGCGUCAUUAUCAUGGUGGGCUGGCCAGAGAUUGCUAAAGAAUAACUCAACGCCUCUGUCCGAGCAACGCGUGCGCAGCGACCUGAUGUACGGCCCUUUGCGUCGGGAGGACCACGGCCUUGUCCUCACAUGCUUCGCCAAGAACAACGAGAAAACACCGCCCCUCUCUAUUGAUAUCACCAUUGACAUGCACCUGCCGCCUGAGCUGGUGUCGGUGCGCGUAGCUGGUGAUGAGACCGGCGCGCUUGCAAGCGGGCGUGUGCGCGCUGGCAAACCACUGGCUUUGCAGUGCCGCGUCUUCGGCGCGCGUCCACCGCCAGCUAUCGUUUGGCGUCUUAACUCCUCGCAGUUACACAACUUGGAACAGAACAUUACGAUGGAGCCUUCGCAGCGUCUAGUGGCCAGUGAAAUACACCUCAGCAUCACCCCAGACUACGAUGAAGCUCGCGUGACAUGCUGCGCACCGGCAAACGUACGUGGCAUGGAGCAGUACGUCUGCGCGCAGGGGCUACCGCUUACUGUCCUCUAUCCACCGCAACUGCAAAUCGCUGUUGAAGGUGAAUUGGAGAACAACACGCUAACCGCAGUCAAAGGCACAAACGUUACAAUCAAUUGCAAUUAUGAAGCGAAUCCGUCCGUGUACCAAGUGACCUGGUUCCAUGGGGACGACUUGGUGAACCAAAAUUACGACCACGACGAGGCGACUAUUAAACCGACAUUGGAGUUGACGGAGUUAACUGAAGCCGAUGCCGGUGAAUACGUGUGUGCUGCCACAAACAACGAGGGAUCCGCUUACAGCGAACCUAUAGCCAUCGACGUUACUUACCCAGCGUACUGCGUGGAUGAAACUAUGUCGGAGUAUGGUGUGGCUGAGAACGACUGCGUGAACAUCACCUGCAAUGUCAAGGCGAACCCCGAACCGACGUCCUACCGCUGGGCAUUCAUCAGCGAGACCAUGGACGUGAAGCAAGUGCGAAACAACCAGACGUUCAACGUGGAGACUGAUGAGCCCACGCUAAUGUACAAAAGGCCAAACGACACGUCGUAUACGCUUAUACAUUGUUGGGGCUUAAAUAACGUGGUCGGUAGCGGACUACCUCAGACGAAGUGCUCUUUUCUGGUAACAGACGAAACAGUACCUCGCCCGCCAUCGAAUUGUGUGGCUGUCAAAAGUGAGCUAAAUGAUAUUACUGUAACUUGCGAAAAAGGUCACGAUGGUGGCUUACAACAGAAAUUCAAAUUUAACGUUACCUCAUUGGAUUCCGAUGAACAAAUAGUCUCGAUUAUUAAUCAAGAGCCCAAGUUUAUGAUUCAAGAGCCAAAGGAAAAGAAUUACAAAUUCGUCAUUGUGGCUUUCAACGCCAAAGGGGAGAGCAAUAUUGUAGAAAUUGAAACUGAUAGCAUUGUAAAUGAAUCAGAAGGUGUGGCGGAGACGGUAAGCGCCGUGACGAAUAUAACUACGCUGGCGCUAGCGUUGUUCGGCGGUGUGCUUCUUUUGGCGCUGGUGGCGUGUGGUCUCGUGCUGUGCGCACACGAGCGCGGCUCACGUCUGGACCUGCCUCGGGCGCACUCCGACCCGCCCCUCUGCGCGUACAGCACCGAAGAUACGAAUUGCGAAACCUAUCACGACAGCGACGAGGGCAGCGAUUGCAAUGUGAGGCGCACGGAUUCCUUCCGACGGGCGAUGGCGCGCUACCCAUCCAAGAGCUACGACGUCAAGAGGACGGGGUCUUUCCACUCGGCGCGGUACAUGCACGAAUCUCACGAGCCGGAGGUGCACAAAUGCAACGAGGCGCUACGACACAGCGGCGGCUGCAAAAUGCACUCGCUGCAGAAUAUCAACAGGAGGCGCGACAUGGACGUGCUGUGCGAUCAUCUGGUUAUGCAUUUGCCGCCGGAGACCAGCUACAACGUGUCCAAACCGAUGAACACGUUUUACACCAUGCCAAGGAAAAUGCGGCAAAAAAUGGCAAAAGAACUCAGCGACGAAACGUCGGAAAUAACUCAGACCUCCGACGGCUUCUCCCUGCCGCCGCCGCCGGACGAAUUCGGCACUUAUAGAGCGGCGACAAAGAUCAAGGACAUCCCUACAAAGUCUACUCCAACGUACACCACAAUCGUUCGGAAAAACUCUUCGGGCAAGGAAUUGGCGAAGCAACAGAGCGCAACAAUGUCCCCAUUGAAUACAGUAGGCUUACCAACUAUAAGCGGGACCCAAAAUAGUCUUUACACUUACCCAGACUAUGAUAAUCAUGGUCACCCUAUUAAUACAAACCCUUUCGAUGACUCAUCA